AGUUUUGCUUUGACACACAUGUAGGUCACUGGAGCAGGAAAAUGCAUAUACAUAGCGUAUACAUUUGUGCUGCAAUAAUACUUUCCAUUGCGCACCACUCUCUUUCAUCUGAAAAUCAGACUAUCAUUAAUAAUGUUACUAAAACUGAAAAUAAUGACUUAAAUCUGACUCAGAAUGUUAGUUUGGACAAAGCAAAACCCACCAAUGCGUCCCUUGAGGAGAAUACUGAAGCGCAAAGCAGUAAAGACGGACAACAAGACAACACAGAGGCUCAUGGAAAAGCAGACUGUCCACCAUUGGGUUUGGAGUCUCUGAGAGUCUCUGAUGAUCAGCUGGAGGCUUCCUCGUCUUUGAGCAUUGGGCUGGGUCCUCACAGAGGCCGUCUUAAUAUACAGUCUGGUAUAGAAGAUGAUGAUGAAUAUGAUGGUGCGUGGUGUGCCGAGAUGGAGGAUCAAGAACAGUGGUUGCAAGUGGAUGCUCUCAGACCAACUCUGUUUACUGGGGUCAUCCUACAGGGCAGAAACUCCAUCUGGAGAUUGGACUGGGUCCGCACUUAUAAGGUGCAGUUCAGUAAUGACUCAUUGGUUUGGCAGCCCUGCAUGAACGGAUCAGAGGAGGCAGUGUUUGUUGGGAAUGGAGAUCAGGAGACUCCGGUUCUGGCUUUGUUCCUUGAGCCCACAGUGGCUCAGUAUAUCCGCAUUAACCCACAGACGUGGUUCAGCAACGGCACAAUUUGCCUCCGGGCUGAAGUGCUGGGUUGCCCAGUGCCAGAUCCCGACUACCCACAAUUUUCCGGAUCCUCGGACGAUUUAGACUUCAGACACCACAAUUACAACGAGAUGAGGAAGCUAUUGAAGUCUGUAAAUGACGAGUGUCCAGAUAUCACACGGAUCUACACUAUUGGAAGGAGUUACACUGGACUGAAGCUGUAUGUUAUGGAAAUAUCUGAUAACCCAGGAAAACAUGAACUUGGUGAACCGGAGUUCCGCUAUGUCGCCGGGAUGCAUGGAAAUGAAGUACUGGGCCGUGAGCUCCUGUUAAACCUCAUGCAGUAUAUCUGCCAUGAGUAUAAGAAAGGCAAUCAGCGUGUCAUACAGUUGGUGAAAGACACGCGCAUCCACCUGCUGCCAUCUAUGAACCCGGAUGGAUAUGAAAAAGCGUAUGAGAAGGGCUCAGAACUCUCUGGUUGGGCUCUUGGACGCUUCAGCUUUGAGUAUAUCGACAUGAACCAUAACUUUCCUGAUCUAAACAACAUCAUGUGGGAUGCUCAGGAGAUGGCCACGGACAAGAAGAGAGUGAGCAACCAUUACAUACCCAUGCCGGAGUACUACACCUCAACCGCUGCAUUAGUUGCCCCAGAGACCCGUGCUGUUAUUAGCUGGAUGCAAGACAUACCAUUUGUUCUGAGCGCCAAUCUGCAUGGAGGAGAGCUGGUGGUCACAUACCCUUUUGACUGCACACGUGAUUGGAUCCCUCGCCAGGACACGCCCACCGCAGACAACGAUUUCUUUCGUUGGCUGGCUGCCGUCUAUGCAUCCACCAAUUUAGUGAUGUCAAACCCGAAUCGGAGGACCUGUCACUGGGAAGACUUUCAGCAGCACAACAACAUCAUCAAUGGAGCUGAUUGGCACACUGUUCCAGGAAGUAUGAAUGACUUCAGUUACCUCCACACUAACUGCUUUGAAAUAACUGUGGAGUUGUCCUGUGAUAAGUUUCCUCAUGCCAGUGAGCUUCCUGUUGAAUGGGAGAGCAACAAAGAGUCUCUCCUUCUGUACAUGGAGAAGGUGCACAGAGGUAUAAAGGGCGUCAUCAGGGACAAGGACACUAAAGCUGGAAUUGCAAAUGCUGUCAUUAAAGUGGAAGGGGUGGACCAUGACAUAAGAUCUGCUGCAGAUGGUGAUUACUGGCGUUUGCUGAAUCCAGGUGAAUAUAAGAUAAUCGUGUGGGCAGAAGGCUACUUUCCCCGGAUCCGACACUGCAACGUCGGGUCAGAGGCCCGUCCGACCAUCUGUGACUUCACCCUUACUAAGACUUCCCAGGAUCGGCUCAAACAGAUCCUAGCACAAGGACGUAAAAUCCCCAGGGAUGAUCAGGUACGAAUCCGUGCCUUGCGAAUGCGCAAACUCCGUGUCAGCACCAAGAUUCUCAACCGCCGUCGAGAGCAGCAGCAGCGUCUUAACAAAGUCAAAACGAAAUGAACUUGUAAGAUAUUGACCCAGUCUGUCACAGGUUGAGAGACAUUGAACUGUUACAUAACUCACUGCAAAGCUUUCUGUGCAAUCAUAGUAAGAAAUCACAAUUUUUUUUGUGUAAUGAGAAUAAUGUAGAAGUCAAUGACAUGCAAGUUAGUCAAGUGCAAUUAAAGGAAUAGUUCACCUAAAAAUGUUUUUUUUUUUGUUACAAACCCUGCAAAAUUUCUUUGUUCUGAUGAACACAAAGGAAGAUAUUUUGAGAUGUUUGUAACCAAACCGUUCGCAGACUCCAUUCACUUCCAUAGUAUAAUACUAUGGAAGUAAAUGGGGUCCAUGAACGGUUUGGUUACAAACAUACAUUUCUCAAAACAUCUUUUGUUCAUUAGAACAAAGAAAUUUAUAUAGGUUUGUAACAACAUGAGAGUGGGUAAAUGAUGACAGAAUUUUCAUUUUUGGGUGAACUAUCCCUUUAAGGAUUGAAAGCUACAGGUUUCUCUUGUUUAACAUGAGCACAUGUGAAUGUUUCUUUACCACUACUACAGAUUUCUGUGAAUGUCUCUUAUAGGAAGAUAAACUGAGGUUGUAGCUGGUUUUCUACACUCAGAUCAUGAUGAUAGAGUGCCGCAGGGACAUCUUUUUGAAGGCUAACCUAGAAGUUAGCAAGACACUGGUUUCCUCAAAGUAAAGCCUAUUUAUUCUUUCCAUAAAUUUUUGGAUUAUCGACAAAAUUCCCUCUCCUUUAUUCAAAUAUUACAUUGACAGAACACAUGCUGGGUUAAAAAUCACCCCAAAUUACCCAAACUUGAGUUGUUGUUAUGCAAUAAUGUGUUAUAAUAACCCAGCAGUAAGAUUAAAACAACCCAGCAUUUGGUCAAUUUUAACCCAGCAGUGUGUUUUGUCCAAUAUUUAACGAACACGGCUUAAAAAUAACCCAGCCAUUUUUAGAGUGUGUGUUUAACAAAAGCUUGACACGUUUUGUCUAACAAGUUAGUCUUCACAGAUGAACACAACUUUGGUAACACUUUACAAUAAGGUCGUAUUUGUUAACGAUUAGUUAAUGCAUUAAAGGAGACAUUUCACAAGACCUUUUUAAGAUGUCAAAUAAAUCUUUGGUGUCCCUAGAGUACAUUUAGUUUUAGCUUAAAAAACCAUAUAGAUAAUUUAUCAUAAUAUGUAAAAUUGCCACUUUGUAGGUGUGAGCAAAAAUGUGCCAUUUUUGGCUGUGUCUUUUAAAAUGCAAAUGAGCUGAUCUCUGUACUAAAUGACAGUGCCAUGGUUGGAUAGUGCAGAUUAAGAGGUGGUAUUAUCCCCUUCUGACAUCACAAGGGGAGCCAAAUUUCUGUGAGCUAUUUUUUCACAUGCUUGUGAAGAAUGGUUUAUCAAAACUAAGUACUGGAUUGAUUUUUUUCACAUUUUCUAGGUUGAUAGAAGCACUGGGGACCCAAUUAUAGCGCUAAAACAUGUAAAAAGUCAUUUUCAUGUCCCCUUACUAACAUAAACUAACAAUGUACAGUAAUUCUACAGUAUUUAUUAAUCUUAGUUAAUGAUAAAUUCAGUAAUUACUAAAACAUUUGAAAAUACAAGCGUUGUAGUGUUGUUUCUAGUGAACGCAUUUACACUUAACAAAUUUUUAUUCAUCUGUGAAGAUUAACCUAUUGGACAAAACGUGUAGGUGUCAAAACACUUUUGAUGUGUAAAAAUUCUAUGUGGAAAAUGAAUGGGCUGAUUAGUAAGGAACCAGUGUCCUGCUAACACUUCCAGGGUUGGCCUACAAAAAUAAUCACUGCGUUACUCUAUAUUGAUAUUACUAAAAAGCUAAUAAAAGAUUUUACAGUA